GAGACGGAGGUGGGGCUGAGCUGAGGGACCCCGCGGCCGGCGGUGAGGGGCGGUGGGCGCGGGUGGCUGGCCAUGAUCGCUUCGUGCCUGUGUUACCUGCUGCUGCCGGCCGCGCGCCUUUUCCGCGCCCUCUCAGAUGCUUUCUUCACAUGUCGAAAAAAUGUCCUUCUGGCGAAGAGCUCGUCCCCCCAGGUAGAAGGCAACUUUGCCAUGGCCCCUCGGGGCCCCGACCAAGAGGAGUGUGAGGGCCUGCUGCAGCAGUGGCGAGAAGAAGGGUCAGGCCAGGUGCUCUUGACUGUGAGCGACGGUCCACUUGUAGAUAAAGGACUAGCCCAGAGCAGCCUGGCACUCCUGAUGGAUAAUCCUGGAGAACAGGAUGCUGCUUCAGAAGACAAGUGGUCCAGCAGGCAGCUGAGUGACCUGCGGGCAGCAGAGAACCUGGAGGAGUCUUUCCCUGAGGUGCUAGGAGAGGAGCCACUGCCAGAAGUUGAGGGCCCAGUGUGGGCAGCUGUCCCAAUGCAGACUGGCCCCCAGUAUGUGGACAGUGUUGUCCUCCCAGUGGGUGCCCUGGCCACAGAGCAAUGGGAAGAGGACCCCGCAGUGGUGGCCUGGAGCAUAGGACCUGAGCCUGUGCCCGCCCAGGAAGAGGCUCCUAUCUGGCCCUUUGAGGGCCUAGGGCAGCUGCAGCCUCCCCCAGUGGAAGUCCCAUAUCAUGAAAUCUUAUGGCGAGAAUGGGAGGAUUUCUCUACUCAGCCAGACGCUCAGGGUCUGGAGGCAGGGGAUGGCCCUCAGUUCCAGUUCACUCUGAUGUCCUAUAACAUCCUGGCUCAGGACCUGAUGCAGCAGAGCUCAGAACUCUAUCUGCAUUGCCACCCGGACAUCCUCAACUGGAACUAUCGCUUUGCGAAUCUCAUGCAGGAAUUCCAGCACUGGGACCCCGAUAUCUUGUGUCUCCAGGAAGUCCAGGAAGAUCAUUACUGGGAACAGCUGGAGCCCUCUCUGAGAAUGAUGGGCUUUACCUGUUUCUACAAGAGGAGGACCGGGUGUAAGACAGAUGGCUGUGCUGUCUGCUACAAGCCCGCGAGAUUCCGUCUCCUCUGCGCCAGCCCUGUGGAGUACUUGCGGCCUGGCUUAGAGCUCCUCAAUCGGGACAACGUGGGCUUAGUGUUGCUGCUGCAGCCACUAGUCCCAGAAGGCCUGGGGCAGGUCUCGGUGGCUCCCUUAUGUGUGGCAAAUACCCACGUCCUGUACAACCCACGCCGGGGUGAUGUCAAGCUGGCCCAGAUGGCCAUUCUCUUGGCUGAAGUGGACAAAGUGGCUAAGCUGUCAGACGGCAGCCACUGCCCCAUCAUCUUGUGCGGGGACCUGAAUUCUGUUCCUGAUUCACCUCUUUACAACUUCAUCAGGGAUGGAGAGCUCCAGUACCAUGGGAUGCCGGCCUGGAAGGUAUCUGGACAGGAAGACUUCUCCCAUCAGCUUUACCAGAGGAAGCUGCAGGCCCCCCUAUGGCCCAGCUCCCUGGGCAUCACUGACUGCUGCCAGUAUGUCACCUCCUGUCACCCAAAGAAACAAGAGAGACGUAAGUAUAGCCGAGACGUCCUACUACGUUUCCGCUUCUGCAACACCGCCUGUCAGCGACCUAUAGGACUGGUACUUAUGGAAGGAGUGACAGAUGCUAAGCCAGAGCGACCUGCUGGCUGGGCUGAGUCUGUCCUUGAGGAAGACACAUCUGAGCCUGAGCCUGACUUCCCCAGGACUGUGGGCACCAUCCAGCACUGCCUCCACCUGACCUCGGUAUAUACUCAUUUCCUGCCCCAGCAUGGCCGCCCAGAGAUCACCACAAUGCCCCUGGGUCUUGGAAUGACAGUAGAUUACAUCUUCUUCUCAGCUGAGUCCCGUGAGAAUGGAAACAGAACUGAUCGCAGGCUGUAUCAGGAUGGAACUCUCAAGCUCCUGGGCCGUCUCUCCCUCCUCUCUGAAGAGAUUCUCUGGGCUGCCAAUGGCUUACCCAACCCCUUCUGCUCUUCAGACCACCUCUGCCUACUGGCCAGCUUCGGGAUGGAAGUCACCGCCCUGUGACGGGCUCCCAGGGCAAGAGAGCUUCUUUUCCAGAAGAGCUCACAGGAUCAGAGACUGUGGAAAUACCCCAUGCUUCUGGAAACUUAGAUCCAAGACACUUAUGUCCCUUCCCCUCCCCCUCUUUGUUCCCUUUUCCCCAUGGUUAGA